AUGACGGAGACACCUCGUCUUCCUCCGUUCACCUUCUCCAAGUGCUUCUCGAUCGUGGACACCUUCUUUAUCGGCCGCUUUGUCCUCCUGGCGGUGAUGAGCCUGGUUUUACUUGCGUGCCUGUUCCUGCUCCUGAUUUACCACCUCAUGGAGCCGAUGUACGCCAAACCGCUCCCCAGCAGCUAG